AUGGAGUGGCAUGUGAAAGAGGUGUCGGGUUAUUUCAACAAUUUGGACAGGGUUAGCGGUAUCAAAGUUUUUGUAGAAGAGUUGACUCCUUUAUCUCAAUGGAAAAGAAGAGGAUCAUGUGAUGAUCAAAAGCUUAGUUCAAAUGAUCUAAAUUUGGAUGAACAUAAUAUUGGUCUCGUUCGUCGUAAACGUAAUUUCAGGCAACCUCCAUCUUUUUCAUUGUGUGAAAUGGGUGGACCCCAGCAGCUCAAGUACAUGACUUUCCUAAGCGAUUCCUCAGAUUCCGACCAUCUCUUACCGGACGGCGUCAUUACAACUCCGGCAGCAGCUGAAUCACUUUCACGGCACUCGGAUUCAAACUUUUUCUUGGCCUGA